AUGUUGGUGGUGGUGGUCGUGCUGCUGGUGCUGCUACUGGUGAUGAUGCAGCUGCUGCUGGUGAUGAUGCAGCUGCUGCUGGUGAUGAUGCAGCUGCUGCUGGUAAUGAUGCAGCUGCUGCUGGUGAUGAUGCAGCUGCUGCUGGUAAUGAUGCAGCUGCUGCUGGUGAUGAUGCAGCUGCUGCUGGUGAUGAUGCAGCUGCUGCUGGUGAUGAUGCAGCUGCUGCUGGUGAUGAUGCAGCUGCUUCUGAUGACAGUGGAGGUGUUGAGAUCCUUCGAGGUGGUUGUGGUGUUGAGAUCCUUCGAGGUGGUGGUGGUGUUGAGAUCCUUCGAGGUGGUGGUGGUGUUGAGAUCCUUCGAGGUGGUGGAGGUGUUGAGAUCCUUCGAGGUGGUGGUGGUGUUGAGAUCCUUCGAGGUGGUGGUGGUGUUGAGAUCCUUCGAGGUGGUGAUGGUGUUGAGAUCCUUCGAGGUGGCGGAGGUGACGGUGGUGCGUACUUCCUGGUCGCCAUCUUUGUUCUGGUCACGUGUCUGUUGUUUUGAAAGCCUCGCGCCACAUGUGUGCAGUAUCUCUGUGAGGUAUCUCUGUGAGAUGCCCGCGCCGCCACCCGUCCGCCUGGGGAGGAAGAGGGUCCUACCGUCCUGCCCCAACCCCCUCUUCCUCCAGUGGCUCACGGAGCUCCGCGACGAGGCCAAGGAGAAGGGCCAGAAGAUCCACUUCACCUACCAGAAGGCCAUUAAGUCCCUGAACAAAUACCCUCUGCCGCUGAAGAACGCCAAAGAAGCCAAGAUCCUGCAGCACUUCGGAGACGGCAUCUGCAAAGUGCUGGACCUGAGGCUGCAGCGCUUCUACAGGCAGCACGGAGAAAACGCCUCAAUUCACACUUUGCCUGAAACAGCUCCCCCUGCUGUUCGAUUUGACUACAACAACCUGGCACCAGCCAAGAAGAAAAAUGCCUCCUCUCAUGGCAACUCUAGAGGAGGAGGUGGAGCAGCAGGAGGUGGAGAAGGUGUAGGAGGAGGAGCAGGAGGUGGAGCAGCACCAGGUGGAGGAGGAGAAGGUGGAGGUGGGAGGAGGAAGAGGCAGUAUGUUCCUCAGCAGCGAUCAGGAGGAUACGCAGUGCUCCUGACUCUGUACAGACACACACAGGUGGAGGGCAGUAAAGGUUACAUGUUCAAACUGGAGCUGCAGACUGAGGCUCAGCCGCUGUGUGACAAGUCUUUCUCUGUGCCGGACCUGGGCAGUCGGUACACGGCCUGGUCCUCUGUCAGCACUCUGAUCCAGAAGAACCUGCUCCUCAAGACACACAACCCACCCAGAUACGCACUGACGGAGGAGGGUGUGGCUCUGGCUGAACGACUGGAGGCUGUGGAGAGAGGAGGGCAGCUCCCUCAGGAGGAGGAGGAGGAGGUGCUUGAUCUCACACAGAGCGAUGAGGAGCAGGAGAAAGACCUUCCAGCAGAGGGCCCCAGCGCGGCUCCAGACCCCCGAGUCCAAGUCCAGACCAAAGCUCAGACUCUGCUCCCAGGAUCCUACGACAUCGUCCUGUGUGUGGACUUCAUCGAGACCACAGGAGGGGGGAGUCAGCAGUGCAAACAGGAGCUGGUGAAGGAGCUGCAGAAGAACGGAGUCAUCUUCGACGUGCGCAAACUAAACGUGGGCGACUUCCUGUGGGUCGCCCGAGAGAGGAUGGACCCAGUGCCAGGACAGCUGAGGCCCCCUUGUGGCCGGGAGUUGGUGCUGGAUUACAUCAUCGAGAGGAAGAGGAUGGACGAUCUGUGCGGCAGCAUCAUCGACGGAAGGUUCCGGGAGCAGAAGUUCCGUCUGAAGCGCUGCGGUCUGAGACGGCCUGUGUACCUGGUGGAGGAGUGUGGUACUGCAGCCUCUCACCUGAGCUUACCUGAGACCACCCUGCAGCAGGCAAUACUGAACACACAGGUGGUGGAUGGAUUCUUUGUGAAGCGAGUUCAGGACGUGAGAGAAUCUGCGGCGUAUCUGACGGUGAUGACCAGAAAUCUGAGCAAACUCUACAAGGGGCGUGCUCUGGUGGUGCGGUCUCGGGAGCUGGAGGGGGACCUUCCAGAAGACUCCGUGGAGAAUCCGUCGUGUUCUCUCUUCUCCUUCACAGAGUUCAACCUCGGAGCCGCCAAGAACAAGUGCCAAACGGUGCGUGAAGUGUUUGCUCGGCAGCUGAUGCAGAUCAGUGGAUUAUCAGGAGACAAAGCAGCAGCGAUCAUCCAAGAAUACCCCACCCCCCACAGUCUGUUGUCAGCGUACCAUAGAUGUUCUACUGAAGCAGAGCAGGAGAAACUUCUGUCUUCAAUACGAUACGGAAAACUCAAAAGGAACUUGGGUCCAGCGCUGAGUCGAACGGUGUCGCAGCUCUACUGCACCAGGGGCCCUUUAACUUAG